AUGAUUAAAUCAGAAAAUACAUCUAUUCCAACUGAUGCUGUAAUUAAGGAUAUUCAAAACAAUGUGAAUCCAAGUGAUCUUAAACUCUGCCUGAGUGGAGUAAAGAAAAUAAAAAAUGGUGUUAUAAUACAGUGGGAAGACGGUGCUUCUAUGGAUAAUGUCAGUCAUCCCCAGUCCAAUGGCUCGAUUGAGCGAUUUCACGCCACUUUAUUGGAAAUGAUCAGAUCCCAUGUAUCCGAAAAUCCCGACGAACAUCCCUUCAAUAUUCUUCCCUAUGCUGUUCAGUGCUACAAUAGCACUAGAAAUAAAACUACUGGCUUUACACCAUACGAGCUCGUGUUUGGCCACACCUCUGGUCGUCCGCCCGAACACGUAUAUUUAGAGAAAGAAUUGAUGUCCAAGUAUGUUCGAGACAUUCGGAAUAAACUCGAAUAUUACUACAAAAUUGCCCGCGUGAGAACUGACGAACGGAAGAAAAAAGCAAAAAUUCGCUUUGAUAGUAGAGUGUCACCUAAUUUACAAUCGUAUAAAGUUGGUGAUAAAGUCUUUGUGAAACAGUCUCAAAUUUCAAACAAGCUUCAGAAAAAAUUUGAUGGUCCAUUCGAAAUUACUCAAGUUUUUGAAAAUUCUGCGCUGCUUAAGAACCCGGAAACAAAUAGAAUAAGUGGGAGUGACCAGGAUAUAGAACCCCGUAGAAAGAGAAUUCGCCGCAUAAGUGUUUCCUCAUCAGAUUCGGAUCACAGCGAUGUUAAUCAGGGUAAUAUCGUAGUGGUCGAUGUUCACAGAGAAGCACAACUUCCUCCAAUACCCUCUGAUAAAAUAGAUAGUAUAAAUAAAAUCCUGGGAACUGAUCCAUCCAUGCCUAAGGUUAUGGGCAAGCCAACUCACACCACUGCCAGAUUGCUUUUUAAUGUAGGAUAUGGCGGUGGUAUUGUCAACUUUUAA